AUGGGCUGGGCAUGCGUGGUUCUCCUGGGCACGGAGGAGGAGGCUGUGUUCCGCCAGGCCACGCCCUACCCGCUGAGCCCCUCCUGGAAGGUCAUUCUGCUCAGCGACGGCUCCGUGACGCGGCACCUGCAGCUGAUGACAAACGAACGGGUGCAGGUGGAAUGCAUAGAGAUGCGGGACAUCGGGCACGAGCGUGUGGGGCUGCCCGAGCAGACUGCCGCCAUCGAGGGCCCGCUGGUGCAGCGCCAGGUGCUGCUGCACAUCCCCGACCCUCACAGCAAGGCAUACGUGUAUGCCAGCUCGUGGUGGAGCGCCGACACGGUGGACCAGUACCUCAGGGACCGCAGCCAGCCGAUCUGGGUGUCGCUGAGCCAGGGCAGGACGGAGCUAUACCGUGAGAUACUGCAGCUGGAGCUGGGCAACAGCCCUUACCUGGAGGAGCGCUUCCAGGCGCGCGGCCCCUUCUGGGGGCGCCAGUACCUCUUCUGGCACGCCGACAAGCCGCUCACCCUCAUAUACGAAGUGUUCUCAACCGAGCUGCAGCAGUUCCUGGGCAGCCCACGGCAGGCGGAGCCGUGA